UCGAAAUUGUAUGUGUGUGACCCUUUGCGCCAUGGCGAUCUCUCUUCUUCCCCGACCUUUCGUCUCGCUCCGUAAAACUAAAAUCUUCAACCUUCCACCGAGGGUUUUCGCCCUUAGGCUAUCAUGCUCUUUUUCUUCUGAUGGGUCCACCGGAAACCCAGAGAAGAGAUCUUUCUCUGUUACCACUGGUGACAUGUUCAUCGAUAUCGGGUCGAGGCUUUUAAAGAGAUCCAAUAGACAUAGAAUAGGAACAGUAACUGAAGAUGAGACCGAGCCAGGAAUGAUAUGGGAUCAGAGGAUGAAAGAUGUAGAGGCUGAUGUGAAAGAGAGGAGGAUAAUCACUAGCCCUGGGUUUAGCUUCUCUGCUGCUGGUCUUUUGUUCCCUUAUCAUCUUGGUGUUUCUCAGCUACUCAUCGAGAAGGGUUACAUUACUGACACUACUCCUUUGGCAGGAGCCUCUGCUGGGGCUAUUGUAUGUGCAACAAUAACCUCAGGAGCAUCUAUGCAAGAAGCCCUUGAAGCUACCAAGGUUCUUGCUCAUGAUUGCCGACGCAAUGGCACUGCUUUUCGUCUUGGGGCUGUUCUUAGAGAUUCUAUGGAGAAAUCACUGCCAGAUGAUAUUCAUAUUAGGUCCAACGGCAGAGUUCGUGUUGCCAUCACACAGGUGUUCUGGAAACCUAGAGGUAUACUGGUGGAUCAAUUCGACUCAAAAAGCGACCUUAUUAAUGCAGUUAUUGCAUCUGCCUUUAUUCCAGGAUAUCUUGCACCAAUGCCUGCAACGAUGUUCCGUGAUCGAGUUUGUGUUGAUGGAGGCUUGACAUUGUUUAUGCCACCAACAGCUGCUGCUAAAACAGUUCGAGUUUGUGCGUUUUCCGCGAGUAAUUUCGAACUAAAAGGUAUUGGGAUCAGCCCGGAUUGGAACCCUCUAAACAGGGCAACCUCAAGACAACUAUUGAAUUGGGCACUGGAGCCAGCAGAGGACGAGGUGCUGGAGAAGUUGUUCGAGUUAGGAUACGCGGAUGCAGCUGCAUGGUCUGAAAUGAAUCCAGUAGAGGAACUGGUCGGUGAUGAUACUACUUCAGCACAAGAGAUUCAAGCCAAUUAG